UUAAUAAACCUCUAUGCAAGUAUGCCAUAUUAUGUUGGAUAUGGCCAGUUAACAAAUGUGUGUGUAUUCCAAUGGCUCAGGUUUCAGCAUGGACCGCCAUCUAGUGGUUGUGGUGGAUGGUCAUUGGCCAUCAAAUCAAAUGUUAUUUGUCACAUGCACCGAAUACAACCAGUGAAAUGCUCACAGUAAUGAUUGUGUUAUAAUGUUUUGCUCCAACCACCCUAGUCAGACUGUUCUCUCUGCUACCACACAGCAAGCGGUACCGGAGUGCCAAGUCUAGGUCUAAGAGGCUUCUAAACCGCUUCUACCCCCAAGUCCUAAGACUCCUGAACAUCUAAUCAAAUGGCUACCCAGACUAUAUGCAUUGCCUUCUCCCCCUUUUUUAUUUUUUUUACACUGCUGCUACUCUGUUGUUAUCAUCUAUGCAUAGUCACUUUAACUCUACCUACAUGUACAUAUUACCUCCACUAACCGGUGCCCCCGCACAUUGACUUUGUAUAUAGUCUCGCUAUUGUUAUUUUACUGCUGCUCUUUAAUUACUUGUUACUUUUAUUUAUUUUUCUCUGGGGGGUUUUAAACUGCAUUGUUGGUUAGGGGCUCGUAAGUAAGCAUUUCACUGUAAUGUCUACACCUGUUGUAUUUGGCGAAUGUGACUAAUACAGUUUGAUUUGCUGUGAUUCUUUCAUCCCCUUCAUCUUCCACAGGAUGCUGCUGCUAUUGAUAACAUGAAGGAGUCAGUUGUUUGGAAGAACCAUCCGGGUCAACAUCGCCAAACCUAUGAGGAUCAAAGAGGGCUUUUCUCGUCCAGUUUGGGCAGAUGAUGAUUGGCUGAAAAAGUUCUCGGGAACGACCGCUGAAGAGGCUGAGGUGACGGAGUCCACUGGAGAAUCAGCCAAAUCAACAACAGCAGAUGAAAGUUGUGUGUGUGUUCCUGUCGGUCUCUAGUGAGCUCCCAGCCAAGAAGGGCAGAACAAACCCCCAGGUUUACAUGGACAUCAAGAUUGGCAAUAAGCCAGCAGCGAGACUGCGCUUCCUGCUCCGAGCAGACAUUGUUCCUUUGACUGCAGAAAACUUCCGCUGCUUGUGCACACAUGAGAAGGGCUUUGGCUUCAAAGGCAGCUGUUUCUACCGUGUCAUCCCACAGUUCAUGUGUCAGGGAGGAGAUUUCACCAACCACAAUGGCACUGGGGGCACAAGGAACAAAAGAAGGCAAGCCCAAGCAGAAAGUGAUAAUUUCAGACUGUGGAGAGUAUGUUUAACUUGAAGCACAGAAGAGUGACUGUUGUAGCUGUGUGUGUGACUAUAUUUGUGAAAAAUAUGCAGUGUCAGACUGAAGAAUGGUAAACUGCUCAGUUUUUAUCAUGUACUACACAUGUCCAUGACUCAUCUGCUGUACAUGGAUUCUCCCUGUUCGUCCCACCUUCUCUGUAAAUCUUACAAUAAACACUUUUAUACUAAACAUAAA